AUGGGGACGGUAAUCGAUGGCAUCGAGGUCAGGCAACUGCCCUCAAAGAGGGACUUCUCCAACAUUUGGUGCGAUCAGAACCCGUCACUACAAGUAUUGCCGAAAGGCUGGCGUCGAGACCCUGACCGAAGAGCCUUGCCAGAGGCUAUAGUUUGGGACAAGGACGUUUCGAUCCCGCUUCGUGAUGGGAAAAAGCUGAAAGGAGAUAUUUUCCGCCCAGCGAGAUUACAUGGCAAACCUGUCCCCGCGUUACUGCCAUGGGGACCAUAUGGUAAAACGGGAACUGGCUCACAGUUGACCACUAACUUUGAAUUUCUGGGGGUACCGAAAAAUUCGCUAAGCGGUCUCGAGAAGUUUGAAGCUCCAGACCCUGCAGAGUGGUGCCCAAGAGGUUAUGCAAUCGUGAAUGUCGAUGCACGUGGGACUUUCAAAUCUGAAGGUGAUGCCGUUCAAUUUGGCACCCAGGAGGGAAAGGACGGCCACGACACGAUAGAAUGGAUAGCGGCACAGGAUUGGUGCAACGGCUCGGUUGCCCUAGUUGGAAUUUCAUGGCUUGGGAUUACACAAUGGUUCAUCGCAGCCGAAAAGCCACCCCAUCUUGUAGCAAUCGCACCGUGGGAAGGUGUUGGUGACUUCUACCGUGAAACUCUCUGUCGAGGUGGAAUUCCCAAUCCACUAUUCUGGGACUUGUUAGCCCAAAGUCUCGAGGGCGAAAAUCAACGAGAGGAUAUCAUUGGUAUGCUUGAACAGUAUCCUCACAUGAAUGCAUAUUGGGAAGACAAGAAGCCACGACUUCAAGAUAUCAGUCUUCCUAUGUAUGCUUUAGCUAGCUAUUCCAGCUGCCUUCAUACGGAAGGUUCGAUUCGGGGCUGGAAAUAUUCCAACUCAGCCGAGAAAUGGCUACGAGUGCAUUCUACCCAAGAGUGGUUUGACAUGUAUAGCGCAGAAGCCACGGAUGAUUUACAGCGAUUCUUGGACCACUAUUUAUUGCAAAAGAACAAUGGCUGGGAGCUUACGCCAAAGGUUAGAAUCUCUCUGCUCCGCUAUAAUGCACCUCCAAUCGUCAAUCGUGUAGAGGAUAACUAUCCACCUUCACGCACAUUGUACGAAACAUUCUACCUUGAUGGAGACAAUGGCAAACUCACUCUCAAGCAACCGAGUGCUCCAUCGGAAACUUCUUACCAAUCAGAUUCGUGGGAGGAUGACGGUAGCCAUUUCACGUACAUUUUUUCAGAGUAUACAGAACUUUGUGGUUUCUCCAAAGUGAAGCUGUACAUGUCGUGCGAUGACCUGGAUGAUCUGGAUGUAUAUGUUAUCCUUCGAAAACUUGACGUUGACGGCCAAGCUUUGCUCCAUUACAAUAUCCCCUUCGUCAACCAGAAAGAUGGCACAAAGCCUGAGGAUAUCGAUCAACUCAACGUGUACAAAUACGUCGGCCCCAACGGACGUCUCCGAGCGUCGAAACGACAAAUCUCUGAGGAGCCUGGUCUGACGGUUGAGAUGAUAGCCAAGAAAGAUCCAACAGAAAUCUGGUAUCCCUACAAUCAAGUCGCCAAGGUCCCCAAAGGCGAAGUUGUAGAGACGGAAAUUGCAAUUUGGCCGGGUGGCAUGGUUUUCGGAGCUGGUGAAGGGCUGCGGCUCGAGGCCAAGGGCCACGAUCCGGUCAUACCUGAAAAACCCGAGAUGUUCCAGAGCAUGGUCAACCAAAAUCGUGGAAGACAUAAGAUCCAUACUGGUGGUCAUUAUCUUAGCCAGCUAUUAGUACCGUUGCUAUCAUGA